AUGGCAGAAAAGCGAGCAGAAUAUACGAACAGAAUCGCUCCAGAGCCUGCUACCUUUAGAGAGUUAAAGAAAAACAAUACGCCACGUUACCAUGGGGAUACGCUGAGAAUACACACAGGUGGAAAAAAGUUGAAGGUAAAGAAAUUUAUCACUUGAAAUGAAUUUGUACUACUGCAAUUCCCUACUGUUAAAGAGACCGUCAGGGAUUAAUACAAGUAUUUAGUCUACAUGUAUACUGCCCUAGACGAACACUACCAUGCACUUCCACCCAAACCCCCGACCCAGCCCAGAAAAUUGUGGAUUUUGUCCCUAUGAAAUAACAUUGCUGUCUCAGUAAAUAAGUGAUAAAUAUUUCCCUCAAAAGAUAAAAAUGCUGUCUGAAUGCAGGGAAUCCAGACCGAGGGAAACAGUGUGUUUAUGGACCCGAGAGGGGCCACAAAACACACUGCUUGCACGAGGUCUCAGUAAAUAAGUGUUUUGUUAUAUAGUAUAUAAGUGUCAAAGUAUAAAUAAUUCAUCGGUUAUUGGAGUGAACUUAAUUUGAAAUCAAAACUGGAUAAAUGUAACGCCGUAAAUGUUUAGUAAAAAGUUUUAAAAAUGAACUUUGGAACUUCAUGGUUGACACGCGCAUGCAUAUUGCACCAAUUUUAUUAUUGACCGGUAAAUAAAUGUUUGAUUGCGGACCGAUGGCGAACAUGACAUUUUGUGGACCGGCACGUGACACUUUUUUGACCAAUCGGCAAACAGAAAAAUUGAACUUUGACACUAACUAUAUAACAAAACAGUUUAAUGGCGUGUUGAAGCUUAAGAAUGCAAAACGAUCAAAUACUUUCUUCCUUUUACAGUUAAUUAAUAUAAUUUUUUCAAAGCAUAUUGUGAAAAAUAUUAUUAUGGACUCGGAAAAAGAUUGAGUUUUAAAACUCAAAUGAAGAUUGGGUUUUUACUGCCAGUAUAUUAAUCCCUGGCCAUAUACACUUUUGUUUCACUUAAGCAUUUACGUGUAGGUAUAGUAGUGUGGCUCGAACGGUCCCUGCCAGCGUAGGUAGUGAAAAAAACCCACAGAAAACUACGGAUUUAUUGUAUUUUUCAGGUACACACGUAAAAACGCACAAGUUGUAACAAACCUGCAGCAAACUUGUAGCAAUGCUGUUCCAACAACUUGUCAACAGGAUGUGUUCGCACUGCUUGUUCCCAGCUUGUUGACAAGUUGUCAACGGUUUGUUGACAACUUGCUACAAGGUUGUUGAGCUCAACAGACUUGUUACAAGUUGUUCCAACAACUUGUUAUCGUCCUGCAAUUCAACAAUUUGUCAACAAGUUGUGAGUGACAACCUUGUAGCAACUCGAUAAAAUAACAACAUUGUUACAACUUGUUGGCAAGCUUGCCACAAGCCUGUCGCGAACACAUCUUCUUGACAAGUUGUGAGAUUUUUACGUGUGCAGUUGAAUAUCUAUACCAAUGCGCAGUUUUACAUUACUACACGCAAAAACGCACAAAUUUCUCCCGCGGGUUUAGAUUUCCGGGCAUGCGAAAGGAAAGGAGGGACAUUGAGGGAGGGACUGCCGACAACACAUCAGGAAACGAAAUACGCGUUGCCCACACAACGCAAAAUUCCCAUUGGUCGAAAUCGACACGCCUGUCAAUCAAAUGCUUUACAGUCAACUCGGCCCACUAACCAACUCGGCCCACCGUUCAAGGACCAACUCCGCCUGCUCUUAAACUGACUAAUCUAACCUUUAAUUUAAACAAGCUAGGAGCCAUGACUGCAUUCUAUCUUUGCAAAUUUUGAGAGAGAUUUGAAUGAUCAGUAAUUUAGUAUCAAAACGGACAGAUCGAGAAUUUAAAACUUCGAUAGAUUCUUUAUUUUAAUUAAAUUAAGUCAAACUGGAUGUUCUCAAACUUUACUCCAAUGCAAAUGCAAAUGGCUGUAUUGGUUUGGUCCUAUCUUUUGUAAAAUAUUAGCUUUCCCAAUAUGUCAAACAGUAGUUAACAAUUGGGCCAAGAUGGUAUGGGCCGAGUUGGUCAGUGGGCCGAGUUGACCAGCUUCCAAUCAAAUCUGAUACGUAGUAAUUGAAUGCUAUAAAUAAUUUCCAGACUGAAUGUUGAUUUUAUCAAUAAACAUGACAUUAACGGUUCCUAUUGGAUAGAUUUAAUUGGAUAUAAGUACUGUAAUGUUUAUGCAAAGGCGGAGCCAACUUGACAAGAGCAAAAAGUGGGCGUAUUUCGUUUCUUCAUGUGUUGUCGGCAGUCCCUCCUUUCUCCCGAGGGACUGCUCGCGGUCUAAACAAAUUGUAACAAAUCUGUUCACAAGCUGUCAACAAGUUGUGCUCGCACUGCUUGUUCCUAGUUGUUGUAACAAGUUUGGAACAAGCUGUUGACAACUUGCAACAAGCUUGAUGAGAUUAUCAGACUUGUUAUAAGGUUGUUCUAACAAUUAAGUCUGAUACAGUCGUGAUAUAACAAGAAUGUUACAAGGUUAUAUCAUGACUGUAUCGGACUUUUUAAAACGACCUUGGAACAGGUCUGAUAUUAAUAUCAACAAGGUUGUUACAACUGUUAACGAGUUGUUCCAUACUUGUUGACAACUUGGGACAAGCAGUGCGAACACAACAUGUUGAUGGCUUGUUGCUACAAGAUGCGAUAUUUUUACGUGUGUAUAGUAUGGCUACGAUUGCAAUUUGGAAAAGCAUGCACAAGUGAGUUUUUCAAAGUACCAUUAAGCAGCAAUGCACCCAAAUGCACCCUACUUUAUUUUUUUACUCUGUCUAGCACCAGACAAUUUUACUAGCUCUGUCUAAUGCCAGACGAUUUUACUCGUCAAGGAGAGAGUCUUGCACUCUGGUUAAUAUUAUUAUAAAAUAACAUGUAUAUAACGCGUGCUCUGAUUGGUCGAAACCCGUGUUUGGAUCAGGCCAUCCAAACACGGAAAUUUAAAGUGAAAGUUUUUUAAAGUGAAAUUUUAACACGGAAAGUUGUUAUUUUAUGAAACAAUUACUUUAUGGUUUCCGUGUUUGGAUGGCCUGAUCCAAACACUUGGGAAUGUUGCUCGAGUUAAGAAAAGCGUGCAAAAUCACUCGCCUUCAGCUCGUGAUUUUGCGCGCUUUUCUUAACUCUUGUAACAUUCCCGCGUGUUUGGAUCAGGCCAUCCAAACACGGAAACCAUAAAGUAAUUGUAUAAACAUCAUGGUUUUUACUAAUUUACCAUAUGGGAAAUCUAUAAUAACAAUAAUGGUGACAGUUCAGUUUUUACAUUCAAAAACCCAUUAAUGGAAAGCUAAUUUUUUUCCUGUGCUAUUUUAGAUCAAACAAGGUUGGUCAGAGAUAAAGGAUCCAAUUGAAAAUCUAAUUGAUAUUCCCGCAACACCACAACCAAUGAACGUUCGUUGUGCUUACUGUAAUAAAGACAUUACCACAGAGUUGAAAUAUGUCUCAGGAGGAUUGACUUGGAUCGUCUCAU